AUGGCGGGGGAAGCGCCUGCAGAAAUUGGCCAGGUUACAACUGGAGAUAAAAAAGUCAAUCGAGACAAUGAACACAACGGCAAAGUAGACAUUAUUGCCGAGGAAUCAGAGAAGACAUAUUACAGCACUCUCUCUGUCUGGUUAAUGGUACUUUUCUCCGGUUUGGCGAUUGGCUCUGACGGAUAUAAUGCAGCCGUUAUUGGCAACGUGGAGCUGCUACUCGCAAUCUUAUAUCCUGAAGAAUUAACUACAACCAUCUAUCAGCGCUUAUCCAACGCCUUCUUAAUCGGAAUGAUCGUUGGCAUGGUGCUUUUUGGCAUCGUCGUGGAUCAGUUGGGAAGAAAGACAGGGGCUGUCGCCACAACAGUUUUGCUCGUUAUCGGUAUCACUUUAUCAGCCGCAUCUAACGGAAAUAGCCCAACGGGCAUGUUUUGGAUGUUAAUCAUUGCGCGUGGUAUCGCUGGCGUAGGUGCUGGCGGAGAGUAUCCUGUCUCUGGUGCUGGGGCUGCCGAGGCAACUGACGAAGACGCUAAAUAUCGCAAGAGAAGAGGUUUUAUGUUUGCCAUGCUUGCAGAUCUUUCCAGCAGUCUGGGCUACAUAUGGGGUGCUCUAGUGCCAUUGCUUUUGCUGUUGUGUGUCGGCCAACAAGUUGCCAAAUACAACAUUGUGUGGCGCACAUCUUUUGCUUUGGGCAUGGCACCUCCCCUUCUCAUCUUCUGGUUCCGCAUUCGAAUGGCUGUAUCUACUGCCUACCGCAGGUCGGCAAUGCGCAAGCAGCGUACACCUUAUUGGUUGGCACUAAAGAAGUACUGGCGACCGCUUCUCGGAUCUGCUUCGACAUGGUUUCUUUACAACUGGAUCAGCAUUCCUUUCGGUAUCUUUAGUUCCACCAUCAUGUCAAGAGCCAAUGCAGGUGACAGCCUCGUAAAGACGCUUGGAUGGGGUGUUGUGAUCAAUUGCUUUUAUAUCCCCGGGCCUUUCAUUGGAGGAUACCUUUCUGACAAGAUUGGGAGGCGUCAAACCAUGGCUUUGGGAUUCACUUUACAAGCGACACUGGGAUUUGUGCUUGGAGGGGCCAUGAGUCCCAUACAAAAGAUCUUCCCUCUGUUCGUUGUGUUGUAUGGGAUCUUCUUGACCUUGGGCGAGGUAGGGCCAGGAAGUACUGUUGUUCUGACUGCUUCAGAAUGUUUUCCUACGUCUAUAAGGGGUCAGAUGAUGGGCUUCAUAGCAGCAUUUUCCAAAGCUGGGGCAGCAAUAGGAACUCAGGUAUUUACGGCAAUCAUGAAUUCUUACACCGAAAAUCCGUCAAAAGGUAAUCAAGUUGCAUUUUUGAUCGGUUCUGGUUUUGCUUUGCUCGGUGCACUCAUCGCUUUUUUUGUCAUACCGGAUGUUUCCAGAAGACUGAACGACGACGAUGAAGCAUGGAAGAGAUAUCUGGCUGAAAACGGUUGGGAGGCACAGUGGGGUGAUGAAGUUACCGAGGAUCCUACAGGAGUUACAAUGAACAAGGCAGCGUCUUGA